AUGGGAAGCAAGGCUCUGCCAGCCCCCAUCCCGCUGCACCCGUCCCUGCAACUCACCAACUACUCCUUCCUCCAGGCUGUGAACACCUUCCCCGCAGCUGUGGACCAGUUGCAAGGUCUGUAUGGACUCAGCGCCGUGCAAACCAUGCACAUGAACCACUGGACAUUGGGCUACCCCAAUGUGCAUGAAAUCACCCGCUCCACCAUCACGGAGAUGGCGGCCGCCCAGGGCUUGGUAGACUCCCGCUUCCCUUUCCCCGCGCUGCCCUUCGCCACGCACCUCUUCCACCCCAAGCAAGGGGCCAUC